UAUCCAAGGAGCAAAUCAAAGAAAUCCUGCGUCGUCAUGUGGUCUAAUUGGAGCAAACGACUGUAACGAUGCUGAACAUACGUUUGAUUUCUACAGAUUUGUAGGACUUGAUGCUUCGAGGUUUGAUGAAAGUGCAACAGUCCCUGACUUCGAGAGCACUUGCUAUGACAAAAAUCUUGUACAAAAUAAAUACAUUCAUCUUAAAUAUGAAUGUAUAGCAGCUGAUGCUAUAGCAAGACUCGGGGAAAAUAAAACCAUUUCUAGUUUUCAUGAAAUCCAAAUAUUAAAUAAGGCAUAUCCACAUAUAACACUGAGCAACGUUGAUAAUCAUAUUUGUAAUAUAUAUGGGCCUACUGACUCUACCACUAUAGUCACUUUGAUAAGAUCUCGUGUUAUCAAUGGGGAUAAAAACAUAGUGAUUCGAGAUUCUAGGAUGGAGAGAUGUUCUGUCAUCCCCUUGCAAACGUUUGAAAGCAAUUUUGGGAAGGAGAUCUACCGAGGGGUGUACCCCAUAACACUUUACCUCAAUUCAUCACAAACUGCUUUAUCAAUGAUGUGGCUCUCAAUAAAAGAUGCCAAUGGUGGAAGAAUCUCUGCUGAGUGUUAUAAUGUUGGGCACAUUACACCUCCUCGUCUACCAGAAGUCUGUUUACCACCUGUUACCACACCAUCACCAAUAGUGGCGUCCACAUCAUUAUCACCAUCCCAAAACCUAUCAGCUAAUACAUUUACAUAUACAUCCGGAGAUACAACCGCAGUGUAUGCAACUACUGAAGUUGGUAUUACAAGCGCACAGGAAUCAGAAACCUACGGGAAUGGAGCCCAGAAAGAGGUGUCAGGGAUGAAAACACAAUACGACAUUACAACAGAAAGUAUGACAAAUGUAACUGAUCGGGAUACUCUAAGCGAGGAGCAAUUCAAUUUAGAGGAAGGGGUUAUCAUCGGAAUUGUAGUGGCAGUAUUCGUCGUUGCCCUCGUUAUACUAAUUCUCACAAUAUUUUUUGUGAGGAGACGAUUGGGUAAAAGUCGGGAGGGCCCAAAUGACAAUGAUGCUGAGCUCGAAGCAACGUAUGCUAACAUACAUGAGGGACACCAACACACAAUUACUACAGCAAUUGAUACCACACAAGAAUCUGGUGACCUAAAUAGGGCCGGACGGAUAAAUUACGAAUAUGUAAAUCCCAAAUGCGACAAUCGGAAAUGUGCAAAUACAGCAUACGAUCAUCAAGAAUACGCAAAUACAACAUUUUAUCAUCGGGAAUGUGCAGAUAAAGCUGUCCAAGAUCAAGAAUAUGCAAACACAGCAUAUGAUCAUGAAGAAUAUACAAAUAUAAAAUACGACAAACCAGAAUAUGCAAAUAUCGCAUGCGAAAAACACACGUAUGUGGAUACAGAAGAGCCAUAUGCCAGACUCGCACCGGAAGGAAUGCAUGUGUCUAAUGAUUAUGAAAGACUUGCAACACAGCCUGUUAAACAUGAUGAACAAAGCUCAGAACCCAAAGCUAAAUAUGAAAAUGUGAAUAUAAAUACUAGGCAGUGAACCAUAGGGAAAAGUGGUGACAACGAGGGAAAAGUGGUGACAACGAGGGAAAAGUGGUGACAACGAGGGA